AUGGGGAACUUCUGUUCUGGUGGAUCUUCCAGUGUUCGACACCAACAGAGUCCUGCCUCCACCAAGCCCCUCUCAGUGAUGAGACAUGUUCAAAGUCCAGUGAAAACAAAGCUUCCGCCGCCUUUGGUGGCAAAGUCACCGGCUAGAGCGGCGGCGGAAACAGAAAGGACACCAAGAUCCACCGAUGACACACCUCCGCAGGAGAUGCCGAGACCCGUCGACGGUCCACCGUCAAAGCCGGUGGAGAAGUUAGGCAUGCCAAAGAAGGCAGUGCCGCCGAGCGGGAAGAUAGUGACGCCGAAUCUAAAGAUGUUUUUACUGGAGAAUCUUAGGACGGCGACAAAGAAUUUCCGACCGGAGUCUAUGAUCGGAGAAGGAGGGUUCGGACAGGUUUUUAAAGGAUGGCUUGAUGAGAAGACGUUAGCUCCGUCGAAGCCUGGUGUCGGAAUACCAGUAGCUGUUAAGAAAUCAAACCCUGAUAGUGCUCAAGGAUUACAUGAAUGGCAGGCAAUGAAAUUCUUAGGGAAGUUUCAUCAUCCAAAUCUUGUCAAGCUCUUGGGCUAUUGCUGGGAAGAGAAUCAGUUCCUCUUGGUGUACGAGUAUUUGCCAAAAGGAAGCCUUGAAAAUCACCUCUUCUCAAACCGAGAGGCGUUGACAUGGGAUACACGUUUGAAAAUAGCCAUCGAAGCAGCUCAAGGACUUAACUUCUUGCAUAACUCCGAGAAGAGUGUUAUUUACAGAGACUUUAAGGCUUCCAACAUUCUUCUUGAUUCCAACUUCCACGCCAAGCUUUCUGACUUCGGUCUAGCCAAACUUGGUCCGAUUAACGGAUUUUCUCACGUGACCACACGUGUCAUGGGCACGCAAGGCUAUGCCGCUCCCGAGUACAUGGCUACAGGUCAUUUAUACGUACGGAGUGAUGUUUACGGAUUUGGAGUUGUCCUCUUAGAGAUAUUAACCGGUUUAAGAGCACUCGACCCAAACCGGCCACCUAUGCAACUGAAUCUCGUGGAAUGGGCUAAACCGCGUUUGACCGAUAAAAAGAAAAUCAAGAAAAUGAUGGACCCACGGCUCGAGCACAACUAUCCACUUUCGGCGGUGAUUAGAACCGCCGCGCUAAUUCUACGGUGUCUGGAGGAAGACCCGAAGAACCGACCGCCCAUGGACGAAGUACUCAGUGAGUUAGAGAUCGUGAGGACUAUGAGAGACGAACCAAAAGAAGAGAAGCGUAAACGAAGCAGUGGUGGUCCAGAUAAUAACCGGGUUAAUCGAUAUGGUUCACCGCAAGUCCGAAGAGCCGGUCGAACCAGAUAG